UAGCCCGGCUGCGCCCUCAGCAUCGGCAAGCACAGCCCAUACCGACGACAUGGCUACGAUACACUCCUCACGAUUACUACGGCCCAAUCUGGCACUGGUGCAGCAAGACACGGUCCUGUCUUUCCUGGUGCCGUCUGUCCAGUGCGCGCGCUUCUCUACAUCACCCGCCCGAUGGAAAAGAGACAACAACAAGAACCGAGGCAAUUCCGCGGUCAGAGCUACCGGUCUGCGUCCUAGACAAACAUUGUCGGUCAAGGAGAAAGAUUUUGCAAAGCAGCGAUUGCCGAAGCCCGUCAAGAUUGAGCAGGAAGUGACUGGCACACCUGACCAUGGCCUCUGGGAUUUCUUCAAGGACCAGAAGCUCUUGCAGACACCGGUAGAGGAGCAGAGACAUGGAAGGUCAUGGACCGUUGGCGAGCUGCGCAGUCGAGACUGGGAAACCCUGCACCAGCUGUGGUGGGUAUGCGUGAAGGAGCGGAAUCGUCUUGCGACGGAGAAGCUUGAGCGGAAGCGUCUAGAAGCGGGCUACGGCGACUACGAGAACGAGGAGCGAGACAAGACUGUGCAGGAGACGAUGAAGGCGAUCCUGGACACAUUGGCCGAGCGACACCAGGCAUACCAGGAAGCCUACGUGCUGGCGCAGCGCGAUCCAGAUAUCGACUUGUCGAGAACAGACGGUCCACAGUACACUCAAACACCAUACGAACCCAUAGAGGCAGACGAGACGCCGUACGAAACUCCGGUCGAGCAAACCAUCGAAGAGCCCUCGAAAGACAAGGUACUUCCAGAACCCGAAGUGCAACCGAAGGAGAAGGUGAAUCACGCAUCAUGAGGAUCAUGAGUGCAGGUGACAUAUGCGCCCAGGUAGCUACCCGGCGAGGAAUAUACCUGUUGAAACUUUUGCAACGGUGCGGACAUGGUACAAAUGUGACUCUACGAUCAUAGACGCAUCGCACAUGGUAUGGCAAAUCAGGAGCACUGCUAGUGCAGUGGAGAUGCUGUAUAGUCAGGGUGGCCAAGGUGGCCUCUGUAGCAUAUCGCGUGUAUCACAAUCAGUCAUGAAAUCAAUGAAUUGCACUAGCCUGAGCGUAUGCUAAACGCGAGGAGUUAUGAAAGUAAUGCCAGCAUAAACAGGUCGACCAGAUUGGCGAGGCGCUUCCCAAAGAGCUACAA